AAUAUAGCUGUAGCUUUAAUUAAAAUGGAUGAUGAUAAUGUUCUCCGUGGGAAGAGCUUGCCUCCUGUUCCACAAAUCUCCAUUGGAGAGUAUUUGUUAAAUCAUCUAAAGCAGAAGGGUGAUGAUGUAGCCCAGGUUGAUGUAGUCACUGGAGAAACGCAAACAUUUCCACAGAUUUUGGCCAAGAGUAUUCGAGCUGCACAGUAUAUGCUUGGGCUAGGAAUUCGCCCAGGUGAUGUUGUCGGAAUCUCUAGUGAAAACAGUCUUGACUUUUGCAUUCCAGUCCUUGCUGCAUUUUAUAAUGGUGCAUCAUGUGCUCCAUUCAACCCAGCUUACACCGAAGGAGAGCUGGAUCACACAAUGAGUAUUUCUAGGCCACGCAUUGUCUUUGCUAGUGCGCUCACUAUUCAAAGAGUGAUCAAAGCAGCUGAAAAUAUUGACAGUAUCAGAGAUAUAGUACUGAUUGGUUGUGGUGAUCCAGGGCCUCUUCCUUAUAAUAUCAGAAGGCUAUCAGAUUUUCUCACUUCCUCUCAGUAUUCUAGCUCUGCAUUUGUACCGGCCCGUGUGAAUCAUGAGAAGGAUACGUGCCUAAUACUUUGCUCAAGUGGCACAACAGGACUCCCCAAAGGAGUAGAGCUUACUCACAGAAACUUCCUUACUUUUAUUAAUGUUUGUUUGGAUGGUGGCCUACCCAAACCACGUGGUGAUAAUACAUCUGAGAACUUAUUGGGUUUGCUACCAUUUUAUCAUGGAUAUGGAUUUGCCCUUCUUUCAAUUGCAAUUGCGCGGGGUGACCAAGUGAUAGUGUUCCCACGUUUUGAAGAAGAACUCUUUUUGAGGGCAGUACAGGACUACAAGAUUGCAACUUUAUAUGUAGUUCCACCACUGAUGGUGUUCCUUGCAAAGCACCCUGUUGUUGAAAAAUAUGAUUUAUCACAUGUACAAACAAUUAUUUGCGGUGCUGCUCCAUUAAGUAAAGACACACAAAAUGCAGUUUCUAAGCGAAUUGGUGUCAAAGACAUCCGACAAGGAUAUGGCAUGACAGAAACAAGUGUACUUGCAACUUCUAUUGAAGAACAUCAGGCUCAGAGAGUUAAAAUGGGUUCUUCUGGUCGUGUUGUAAAAGGAAUGAUGGCCAAGGUUGUGGAUGUGGAAACAGGAAAAUCUCUUCCUCGAAACAAGGAGGGUGAGAUUUGCUUCAAAGGACACAUGAUAAUGAAAGGAUACCGAAAUAAUAAGGAGGCUACCCUCGAGACAGUUGAUAAAGAUGGUUGGUUACACACUGGUGAUAUUGGAUAUUUUGAUGAUGAAGGAGACAUAUUUGUUGUGGAUAGAAUUAAAGAAUUGAUAAAAUACAAAGGUUUUCAGGUUGCCCCAGCUGAAUUGGAAGCAGUACUGUACACCAAUAAAGCAGUUCGGGACGCAUGUGUUGUUGGGAAGAAAGAUGAAAUAUCCGGAGAAAUCCCUGUAGCAUUUGUUGUUUUACAACCAAAUGUGAAAAUUACAGAAAAAGAGCUGGUUGAUUAUGUGAAUGGACGUGUUUCCGCACAAAAGAAACUCAGAGGAGGAAUAAAAUUUGUACCUGAAAUCCCUCGCAAUCCAAGUGGUAAACUACUCCGGCGACUGCUACGAUCGAAGUUGUAAAGUUAUUGUUUCGAUCAGCUGGAUCCCAAUCAAUUUGGAGUAUGUGUCAUAUGUAAAGUACCUGAGUGUACAUGGUGUAUAUGCAAGUGUAUUUGUUGUAAUUUUGGCAGUUUGAUAUUUUUAGUUGCUUGUAAUCAAUGGAAAAAUUGAUCAUCACUGUAAUCAUUUAAAGGGGGCAUUAUUAAUAAUAAAACUAAUUGCAUACCAAAA